GUAAACCAGACAGUCACAUAGCAAGGCCUCGAGUAAUAUUAGAGAGAGAGAGAGAGAGAGAGAGAGAGAGAGAGAGAGAGGGUCCGUCGUGAAGUAUCCUCUCUACAUUUACUCUUGAAUUGCCCUCUUGCUUCCCAUCUCGUUCACCACAGUGAACUUGAGGAAGAAGACAGGAGAGGGAGAGAGAAAGGAGACAUGAAGGAUUCCAUAAGGUGUUGCAUCUCAUGCAUCUUCCCCUGCGGCGGGCUCGACGUGGUCCGCAUCGUGCACGCGAGCGGUCGCGUCGAGGAGAUCAGCGGCAGCGUCAGCGCCGGGGAGGUCAUGCGGGCCUACCCCAAGCACGUCCUCCGGAAGCCGCCCUCCGCGUCCUUGGACGGCGUCGUGUCCCCCAAGGCGGUGAUACUGCCGCCCAGCGCCGAGCUCCAGAGAGGCAAGAUCUACUUCCUCAUGCCCGUGUCUUCGGACAAGGCCGUGCCACAGACGACGACGUCGGCGACGAAGAGGAAGAGUUGGAAGAAGAAGAAGGAGGGCAAGGAAGGAGAAGGCAGCUGGGAGACUUCCACCGACAAGAAGAGGCUGCUACCGGAGGUCCUGCAGGAGAAGGCGUCAGCGCAGAAGAACAGGCGGCGAGGAAGGGUGGGGGUGUGGCGGCCGCAUUUGGAGAGCAUCUCUGAGGUCUCCAUUGAUCUCUGAGAAUUCCAUGAUGUGAUGUCUUCCAUUGCCUUCUCCUCUCACCAUUCUUUUGUCAUGGUGUCUCCGAGCAGAGAUGUCAUUUGUUCUUUCUUCUCUCAUCGCAUCUUCCUUCCCCCAUGCGCGUUUUCCUUGUUGUAGGUAGAUAAAACUAGGUUUUGUGUUCAGUUCUGCUUUUGAACUGUAAUUGCCAGAAAGCAUGGUGGGAUUAGCAGUGAGCGUAUGGUACGAGAGAAAGAGAGACGGGAAGUGUGUGUGUGCAGGGAGGAUCAGAGAAUAUUGUCAGGAGACCCCACGAUCGCUCCCACACGCUAAACCUUUUGUGCAGUGUUGGAAUGCAAUAAAUGAGUGGCACAAUCAUUGUUCUA